AUGAAAAACUUUGUAAUUUUAUUGUUGUUGUCAGUCUCGUUUAUAUGGCAUGUAAAUGCCAAUGCAUGGCAGCCGAAUUUUGACACUGGAGGCUUAAGUAGAGCUAGUUUUCCAAAAGGUUUUGUGUUUGGAACGGCAGCAUCGGCAUAUCAAGUUGAAGGAAUGGCUAGUAAAGAGGGUAGAGGACCUAGCAUAUGGGAUGUUUUUGUAAAAGUUUCAGGAAAUAUUAAAAAUAAUGCUACUGGUGAAGUUUCUAUUGAUCAGUAUAAUUGUUAUAAGGAAGAUGUUAAUCUGAUGCAAAUGAUGAACUUUGAUGCCUACCGGUUUUCUAUCUCAUGGCCGAGAAUUUUUCCAAAUGGCACCGGAGAGGUGAAUUGGAAAGGAGUUGCCUACUACAAUAGAUUGAUAAACUGCAUGCUUGAGAAAGGAAUCACCCCACAUGCGAAUUUGUAUCACUACGAUCUGCCACUUGCACUUCAGGAAAGAUAUGGAGGUUUCCUGAGUAGGCAAAUUGUCAAAGAUUAUGCUGAUUAUGCAGAAUUCUGUUUCAAGACAUUCGGUGAUAGAGUAAAGAAUUGGUGGACGUUCAAUGAACCAAAAGUGAUUGCUUCUCUUGGAUUUGACAAUGGCAUUAAUCCUCCAAAUAGAUGUUCAAAGGAAUUUGGAAAUUGUACUGAAGGAAACUCUGCAACCGAGCCUUAUAUUGCAGCACAUCAUUUGAUUUUAAGUCAUGCCGAAGCUUCCAAAAGAUACCGUGAAAAAUAUAAACCAAAACAGAAGGGAAGAAUUGGUAUCUUCACGGACUUUGUUUGGUAUGAACCUCUUACAAAAUCAAAGGCUGACAACUAUGCAGCACAAAGGGCAAGAGACUUCCAUAUUGGAUGGUUUUUGCACCCUUUUGUGUAUGGAGAAUAUCCAAGAACAAUGCAAAAAAUCGUAGGAGAAAGGCUUCCAAAGUUCAGCAAAAAUGAAGUGGAGAUUGUUAAAAACUCCUUUGAUGUUCUUGGUCUCAACCACUAUACUUCUUACUACAUGUAUGACCCACAUCAGCCUAAGCCCAAUGUGACUGGUUACCAACAGGAUUGGAAUGUUGGGUUUGCUUUUGAACGUAAUGGAGUGCCAAUCGGUCGUCAGGCUCACUCUCAAUGGAUUUAUCAAGUUCCAUGGGGCAUUUACAAAGCUGUCACAUACGUCAAAGAGCGUUAUGGAAACCCCGAAAUAAUUCUCUCAGAAAAUGGAAUGGAUGACCCUGGCGAUGUCCCAUUUCCUGAAGCAUUGUUUGAUACAACUAGAGUGAACUAUUAUACAACCUACUUGAAGGAAUUGAAGAGAGCUAUGGAUGAUGGAGCCAAUGUCACUGGCUACUUUGCUUGGUCAAUGCUUGACAACUUUGAAUGGUUGUUAGGUUAUACCUCAAGAUUUGGCUUGAUUUAUGUUGAUUACAAUGAUCUCAAGAGAUACCCAAAGAUGUCAGCAUAUUGGUUCAGGCAGAUGCUUCAAAGAAAGAAAGCUUAGGUUUAUUUCGUAGGUUUUUCAGGUUUUUUUAUGUUUCUUAGUGCUUUUGUUUUUAGUUCUUUUGGCGUUCACAACUUCUUAUUGUUAUCUAAAAUAAUUAUAUUUUGGAGUUUCUGUAAUAAAAUUAUUGCAAGCCAAAGUUUCAUUUGGUA